AUGUCGUCGUACUUCGACUUGGACGACGACAGCAGCCAGCAACCGGGUAACUCCACCUGCUCUAAGUUUGCCACUUGCGAGUCAUGUGUCGACUACUUCGGUCAGGGCGAUGUAGGAUGCCUCUGGUGCAACGUGCCCAAGGACGGAUCGCGCGGCGUUGUCGGGGGCGGGCUGUGCGUGCCUCGCUUUGGAACUCAGGACAGCUGUGAGAUCGGAGAGCUGCAGGCAACCUGUCAGGAGGGGGCCGGCUGGUACGUGCUGGUCCUGACGCUCUCGGCCCUGCUGUGCUGCUGCUGCUUCCUCACGAUGGCGAGGAAGUUCGUGGCGAUGUGGCACGAGAGGUGGUGGCUCGCCUCCGGGGGUGAUCUUGCGGUGCCCCUGCUCGACGACGACGGCGAGGAACAGCAGCACGAGGUUAUCUUUCGGAGCAGUCUUACAGACUCUGCGGGUAACGCUUCCUGGCGAUGCCCCGUCUGCGGGUUCGACAACAGACCCCGCUGCAAGCACUGCGACCUGUGCGGCAUGAGCUCGGAGUUUGCGGAGGCGUAUUGGAAGGACAAGGACACUUCGAGGCCCAAGGGCGGUGCGACGGUAUCGAAGAAGCCGUCCGAAACGAGCGUAGAAGAGGGCAAGGCCGGGGGAGGCGGGGACGCGAGGCCACCGUUCUCGACACCGUACAGCGGUAGCGGCGCCGGAGAGGAAGACGGGGGCGGCGGGUGCGGUGAACUUGGCGACGCAGCACGAGGUAGCGACAGCACGGAGGCAACCGAGAUGUCCGCGGCCGGACAGGGCGGGGACAGGGAGGGGAUCGGAAAAGAGACGGAUGGAGGCGAUGCCGAGGAGAGCGAGGUCGCGAACGAACCCGAGGCUGCCGCGCCGCCGCCGCUGCUGCUGCAGGCGGGAACGGGGUUGAUGCAGGGGGGCAGGUGGGUGGAGGGGACCAGGGGAAGAAGGAGCAACGGCGGCGGCACUACUGCACCAGACGACAACGACGACGAUAACGACGACGAUGACUACAUCGUCGGUGGCGGCGUUGGCGGGGACGGUUACGGAUCAGCGCGCCGCGUGGGGGCUUCCCUCGGGGGAGAGACGAAGGACGGGGAAAAGCCUCGCGCAGCGCCGUUCCGCACGGUGCGGCGCCUCGGGCCCUUGACAGAACGGCAAAAGAGGGCACGACGCAGGCGCAUAUGGCAGCGCGUGAUCGGCCCCGACGGAAAGAUGCGCUGGCUGCAGAGCUUAGAAAGCCCCGCCACGCUGGCCGCCGCCGCAGCCGCAGCCGCCACCGCCGCCGCAGCCGCGGCCGCCGCCGCUUCCGCUUCCGCCGCCUCCGCCACCCCCCCCGGCUACCAGCCGCCGUUGAUCACGCCUCCUCCGAAUGCUUCCUCUACCGCCGUCGCCGCUACUGGCGACGACGACAACGGAGCGAGGCGAGGCCGUACCGGAGCCGGAGGCGUGUCCGCCGCUGCCGCCGCCGCCGCAGCCAACGCGUCCGCCGUCCUCAGGUACUGGACCUCGCGAUCACGAGAACGGCUGGCAGAGGAAGGAGGAGCAGGGCCGGAGGAAGACUCGGCGACCGAGCCGCUUCUCCAGGGCCAGCAAGAGCAGCAGGCGGCGGUAGCAGUAGAGGCCGGAGAAGAGGGGGACUCGUCGCUGUCGGCCGCGGAGAGAGGGGAAUCGUCGUCAUCGUCGCCGCCGCAAUCGCACGGUGAUGAACGAGGCGCGAAGCGGGAGCGCGAAGGGUCUGACACCAGAAGCGAUGAUGGAUCCUGGGCGCGUCUGUCGUCGGCCGGGAGCGACGACGGCGGGGGGGCGGGGCGCCCGAACGGCAGCGGGAGCGACGGCGGCAGCCGAACCCGCAGCCGAACCCGCAGCAAAGACAAGGGCAAGGUGUUGCCAGCUGCUGUGAAGACAGCGUCGGCGGCGAGGGAAGCGGUGACUCUGACCCGACGUGACUCGUUCGGGGACGAGAUCAUGUUGACCAAGUGCCCUGGUUUCUACGCCACCUUCUUGGAGGCAGGCGGCCUGGCCCUAGACGAGGCCCUAGACGGCGAGAUCGUCAACCAGGCGCACCCGCUGCCGCCCUCGGCAACGCGAAGAGGCCAGCUCGCCGGAGAGGGAGCGGCAACCCCGUCAUCGCUGCCUCCCGGCGGCGGCAACGGCGCGAGCCGAGGGCGGAACGGUUCCGCGGGCGCCGCAGCCGGCGCCGCGGGCGCGGGGGCGUUAGGGUUCGGGCUGGGUACCGGGCCGGCUGCGAGGCUCGGGGCGGCGUACGGGAACGGGGGGUGGGCGGAGGGGACGGCGCGGCGGCGGGAGGCGAGGAGGGAGGAGGCGGCGAGCGAGGAGUGGAUCGCCUCGACGCGGAAGCAGGUGGCGAAGCUCUGCGAGGUGGCGUCCAAGCCGUUCUGGCAGAAGCAUAGCUGGUUCUUGGACCAGCUUAAGCUUUUGCAGGUACCGCACGGGGGCGGUAUGGAAGCGAUGCGAAUAGAGGUGAACAGAAAGAACCUCCUGGAGGACUCUUUCGCGCAGGUGUCUGCCAUGAACGCCGGGGAGCUUCGGCGAUGGCUGAGGGUGCAGUUCGUGGGCGAGCCAGGCGUUGACGCCGGCGGCCUGGAGCGGGAGUGGUUCAUGCUCGUGUGCAGCGCGCUCUUCGACCCCUCGACGGGCCUGUUCACCCCCCAGCUCGGCAACGGGGCCUUCGCGAUAAACCCGUCUAGCGGGGUGGCGAACGAGAUGCACCUGGAGUACUUCCGCUUCACGGGAAGGGUGCUCGGCAAGCUCCUGAUGGAGCACAGCGUGGCACCGUACCACCUGUCGCUUCCCAUCCUCAAGCACAUGCUCGGCCUGCCGGUGGCUUUCUCGGACCUGGAGUUUGCCGACGCUGAGCUUUACCGGAACCUCCAGUGGCUCAGAGCAAACCCCGGGGCGGAGUCUCUGGGUCUAGACUUCACGGUGACGCUGGAGAGCUUCGGGGUGAAGGAGGUGGCAGAGCUCUUGCCCGGAGGAAAAGACAUGACCGUCACCGAUGCCAACAAGGAGGAAUACCUGAGGCUCCGACUCAAGCACCGGGUGCUGGACGGCACCCACAGCCAGCUGUGGCACCUGAUGCGAGGGAUGUACGACGUGAUCCCCUCGCACCUCAUCUCGGUCUUCGACUACCAGGAGCUGGAGCUACUGUUGUGCGGUAUUCCGGAGAUCGACGUGUCGGAAUGGAAGCGGUGUUCUCGCUACCUCGGGGACUACAGAAGGGCAGGAGAGAAUCACGUUGUCAUCAAGUGGUUUUGGGAGGUGGUGGAGGCGUUUUCCGAGGACGAGAAGGCACGACUGCUGCAGUUCUGCACGGGGAGCAGCCGGCUCCCUGCCCAUGGCUUCAAGGCCUUGCAGAGCAAUGACGGGAGCUUCCGGGCGUUCUCGCUCCAGUCCAUCACGAAGAGGGACAGCGCCUUCCCCCGGGCGCACACGUGCUUCAACAAGCUCGACCUGCCCACCUACGAGAGCAAGAAGGAGCUGGAGGAGUGCCUGGGGCUGUGCAUCUGCUUCGAGCUCACCGGGUUCACCAUCGACUAGAUUAAUUAGUUUGGCAGUUUUUUUUUGUGCCACCCCUUUUUUGUUUGCUUUGCUUGCUUUGCUUUGCUUGCCUUGCUUGCUUUGCUGGCGGUUCUGCGGACCACCACCACCACCACCACCACCAUUCCUACCGCUGCUGGUGUACAUGGAGGAGCUCGAGUUUUGAUGUUGGGAUGAGUUGGGGCGUG